AUGCCUGAAGUCACCAACAUCACCAGCGUGGACCAGUUCAACACCCUCAUCGGGAACGUCCCGCCCACGGCCGUCGUCGCACUAAACUUCCACACGCCCUGGGCCGAGCCGUGUAAGCAGAUGAACGAAGUCUUCAAAGCGCUCGCCACCACCGCCCCCCCAACUACCUACUUCCUCUCCAUCGACGCCGAAGAGCUCCCCGACAUCUCCGAGUCCUACGACGUCUCCGCCGUCCCGUACUUCGUCCUCCUCCGCAACGCCUCAGUCCUCAAACGCAUCUCCGGCGCCGACCCCAAAGAGCUGCGCUCCGCCAUCGAGACCCAGUGCGGCGCCUCCUCCACCGCUCUACCCCCCGCACAAGAGACCACCGCCCCCCCCGCCACCACUGCAUCCCCAACCACCACCACCACCGCCACCUCCGCCGAGACGGGAGGAGAGGAGGACCUCAAUACGCGCCUGGCAAAGCUGGUCAAGGCCGCGCCGGUGAUGCUGUUCAUGAAGGGGACGCCGGCGGCGCCGCAGUGCGGCUUCUCGCGCACGCUGGUGGGCCUGCUGCGGGAGAAGGGCGUGCGCUAUGGGUUUUUCAACAUCUUGGCGGACGAUGAGGUGAGGCAGGGGUUGAAGGAGUUUUCGGACUGGCCGACGUAUCCGCAGUUGUAUUUGGAGGGGAGUUUGGUGGGGGGGUUGGAUAUCGUCAAGGAGGAGUUUGAGAACGAUCCGGACUUUUUGAAGGCGCAGAGCGUCAGCGCGGAUGCUUAG